GUGGAUAAUUGAUAAUAAAAUAACACUUCAAUAUGCAUAAGGCAAAAGAACUAUACAGCAGCAAUCAAGGUCAUAGGUUGUAUAGAAACCAUCAGUACUGACUUUCAACAGGAAAUGACAAGCUAGAUCAAAUCAUAAAUGGGUAUGUGGUUGGCUCCAUUGUAACAAUAAUUACGUCUGACGAUGCUCCUUCAGAAUACCAUCUGCAGCUUCUCAGACUUUCAGCUGGUGAAGCAAUUGUGAAUGACCAGCAUGCAAUCAUUUAUGAUAGCUAUUCUCAGAGAAGAAAGAAAUUUUGGGCAGAUCUGUUGCCUAAAGCUAACAAAAAGUCACUCAAAAAGAAGGCAGAAGAAUAUAAAACCGGAGAAUCAAAAAAUUUAAAAUAUGGAGAAGUCCUUAAGAACAUGAAGGAAGGAGCUUCAGACAAUCUUCUUCUCGCAUGGAGAUACAACGAAUGUAUUCAAACACAGCAAGAUUUGAGGACCAAACAAGAAGAGGGUUCUCAUCUUGCUAGUGACUUCAGGAACAGGAAAUGUGAUUACCAGUUUGAUCUUAGUCACACAAUGACUGAUAUGAUAUCUGGCCAUAACAUUCCUAUCAACAAAGAUAAGUAUUUCAAUGUAGUUGAAGAGCAAUUUCUCAGCCUCAAUGAACUAUGGGAAUCUAUCUGUGUGCAGUAUCAAGACAAGCUUGAAUCAGCAGAUGAUGAGUCGUUCUUCAGAAUAUUUUUACCAAAUUUCCUAAACCUUGACCUAUAUGAAGAGACCAGUGAUCUUGAGAAGGAGUAUAGCUGUAAGAAUGUGAUUAAAUUCUUAAGGAGUUUACGAACCCUGGCAAACACCAUGAAUUCAGUCAUCACCAUUACUAUUGAUAAAGAGUCCUUGAAGAGCAACGCUCUUCUCAGCUACUUCAUCAAGUUCAGUGAUUUAGUCCUUGACCUAAAAUCUUUCUCUGAUAGUCAGGAUGAGUUCCUUGAUUAUCAAGGAUCUAUAAGAAUCUUGAAACAGCCUGCUAUCAAUGGCCUGGUGGGCCAUAAGGCUGAUCAAGAUAUUUAUGUCUUUAAAAGCGACAAGAAAAACUUUAAAAUCGAGACUAUUCAUAUGGACCCUGAGGUCGACACUAAAAAGGAUAAUACCACAAAGGAGGAAGAUGGACAGAGUUCAGGAACCACUUCUGUCCUUUGUUCUAGCAAGCCAUCUAACAAAGAUCCAUUAGAUUUUUAA